UUAUUUAUUCAUAGGAUCAUUUAUAUAAUAUUGUCUCGUCUAUUUACAGUAUUUGGUUAAUAUUCAACAUUUUGAAGCUGCAUUGUGGACGUACACUUAUGUAAACAGUAUAUUUCACAUGCAUAAAGUAGUUAUAUAUCUAUACUCACAUGCCACAGCCGUUUCCUCCACACUUACCUCUCCGUGUGUCUGUGUUUGUGUUAUCAGUGUGAGGAUCAUCAGGGCUGAUGGAAGAAAGCUGCCCUGAGGGUCAGUUCUGGGAUGCCUUGCUCAAAUUAUGUAUAAACUGUCAAUCGGUAUGCCAGGAACAACAAGUCAUCAGCAAAUGCAUCAGUUACUGUGAGUCCGCACAUUGUAAGGCACUGCCUGGCCACUACUAUGAUGUGCUGCUGAAGAAAUGUAUGAGGUGCACUGAGAUUUGUGGCAAACAUCCAGCAGAAUGCUCCCAGCACUGCCAGAUGCCGACGGCCCUGGGAGACUCCACCAUCCUGCUCUACUCCCUGCUGGCACUCUGCAUGGUGCUGCUGUUUUCUAGCUUGUCUCUGACCCUGGCGGUCUUUCUGAGGGGAUCCAGGGCCAGAGCCUCCAACCCAGGACCCAAGAAGGUUAACCACAAGCAGGAGCGUUUGAUCCAGCCGGGCGAAGAGGUUGGCCUGCCCGGUGGCCAGCUGAGGCAGACCUCCAAAGAUUACGUAACACAUUCGAGAUCAAACGACUCCAGCCCGACAGAGACCUGCGUGUGCAUCCACUGUUUCCCCGAUCUGAAACCGCUAGCCCAGGGUAACGACCGGCUGCUGAGAGCACCCGUCCUCCCGAGAGGCCAGGCCCAGAACGGAGGGCCCCUCUGGGCCGAGAAGAGCCUUCACACCUCUGGAGGUCCGGGAGGAGGCAGCAGUGAGAUGAGGUCCAUCUGCUCCCUCUCAAAUCAAAGUGUCUCACAGGAAAACUGGAAUGGAUAAAGAUGUCCCCAACACACACACACACACACACACACACACACACACACACACAACACACACACACACACACACAGAAGUUGAUCAGAAAACUGGAUUUUAGCUGAAAUUGAUCGUGAAAUAGUGAAAACACGGUGCAAACAGAGGGAAUGCAUCAGCAACAAUUAAUACUAGAAGAAAACAUAAAAAGCAAACAAGUAGAAGCCUUUCCAUUUAAAUGAGGACAAGCUCAUGAAAUAUGGAAGUUUGUGCCGUAGGAAAAGUGAAGUUUUACUACCGCACACUAAAAGCAUCGCAUCACUGAAACAAGUGAAACACAAACACAGUCCCCGUCAAAGCUCCCGACGCACCAAGCGGAUUGCAUAGCACUGUUUGUUUUUCUCAUGUCUCCUGUUAGAAAGUUCACUGGAGCAAAUCACACAGACUUACAACCAACAACACAGUGGUUCUAGGUCUGGUUCCUCAAAACAUCACGGAAACAAAUGGAAACAUCAGAACAUAUUAGAACCUACGGAAGAGGAUCAGGGUCACACGUGAAGAAAAGAAAAAAAUGUAUAUCAGAUUUUUGAGGUUAAACAUUUGACCCUAAUCCUCUUCCGUACGAGCCAACUCUUUUCAUGACACUGUGAAUGUAAUAAAACUAUCCAGUUAUAUGCAAACUGAGAACAUGAUAUAAUGUCUGUAACAUUUAUCUGAUAGCAGGUUGCCGCUCACACGGUUAAAGCUUUGUGCUUGAGCCCACAAAUCAUUUCACCGUGGGAGAUUUAUAAAGAUAAAGGAGCUGGAUGAAGUCACUGCUUCGCUAUAGGCUGAACAGGCAGUGACACAGCUCUCGCCUCGGAUUGAACGGGUGACUGUCACCCAUACAGGCUCAGUCGGUCGCCCAGUCGGCGUUCGACUGCCAGAUCACAUCUUCAUACCUGUGCUUCUAAGUUUACGAGUCCCACUCGUUUUCCACCAAAACAGGAGAAACUCACCACAAACAUUUCAAUUAAAACAAACUGAGUAAUACUAAGAGUUGGGAAGCAACGAUAGAGUGAAUGUAAGGAGACGACAGUGAAGGCGAAUGACGCUGGAAGUCAAGACAGUAUCGCUCAUGGUGGAAGGAGAGCUCUCCUGUCUCCUACAUCUGAUAAUCACUCGGGUGUUUUUUGAUGUCACCACUGGGAGUCGCCAAAGUCCGAAAAUAUUCAAGUUCUACUGAUUCCCUUUUAAGUUGGUACUGUUUCACAAUAAGAGUACCCUUAUAAAUGUUUUAUAAAUGGUUUAUAAUUAGGUUAAUCAUUUGGUUAACACUUUAUAAAUCAUAAAUAAACCAUUAGAAACAAGUUACAACAGUUUUCAUACAUUGCUGCAGUCUCACUAUUUGGCAAGAUUAAGUUAAUGCUCACUACUCAUUAAUCUUACUAAUGAACUACUACCAUUUAUAACUGGUAAAAGGGAACCUUUUUGUCAAGUGUGAAACUUCACCAUUUAUUAAUGAGUUACUAUUAUUCAUAACUAGUAAAAGGAACCUUAUAGUAACUCAUUGAUAAAUGUUACGUUACAAUAAGGUUCCUUUUUUAACCAGUUAUAAAUAAUUUACAGGUACAAACGCUGGAUGAUGGAGAGAACAAAGAAAGCUCAGUAACUAAUGAGAUAUGAGGCUCAACAGUACAGAUACAUGUGGGUUCACUAUGUGGCAAGCAACAGGUCCCAUGUGUUAUAACAGCUUAUAAAUGAUUCAUUAAGUGAUAAGCUACUUGAUAAACUAGUUAUAAACCAUUCAUAAAUCCUUUUAGAGCGCAGUCUUAUUGUUAUAAGCACCAAAGAUAUAAAUGGAUACUGUCUGCAGUAAUAUGUAUAUGUAUGAAUAUUGUGCCUACAUGUGUAAUGUGAAUAUAAACAAGUAUUUCAUACUAUAUUAUCAAUUAUGAAUAAACAAGCAAC